AUGAUUAAGAAUCAUUUUAUUGUUGAUCGUCAAAGUGAUAUUGAUAUGUAUAUGGAUAUAGACAAUAUUUUUUAUGAGGAGCUUCUUUUAUUGGUUGAACAAAUUGGUAGACAUGUUGAAGUAGGCAUAUCAGAAGAGAUCGUCAAUCUUAGAAACCGGGACCAUUUAAUUCCCGAGACUCAAGCAUCUUUUUUUACAAAUAAAGGAGGAACUAAUAAUUUUUGUGUUAUAUGUCAGGAGGAAUAUAUGAUGGAAGAUAAGAUUAAGAUUGGAGGUCUUCAUUGUGGGCAUGAAUUCCAUGUUGAUUUCAUAAAGAGAUGGCAACUUAUAAACAACAUUUGUCACAUCUGCAAAUCUCCUGGAAUUGCCUAUAGCUAA